AGCCAGGGCUACACACGUUCACAGCUGUUAUUUUGCCAUUCCUGUUCUACACUUUAAAAAAAAUGUAUAAAAAGUUGCUGCAAAUCAAGAUAAAGUAGAAAAAAGGUAAACAAACAAGCAGCCAAUGACUAUAAAAAGAUGCUCAAGUUGGGAGCCAGGAGGACAGAGUCAUCUCCAAGUACAAACAUGAAGAAGUCUGGUAACAAGUAUUGGGAGAAUUUGAAAGUAGACUGCUGGAUGUGCUGUUCCGGCUCAUCAUGGCUUCCAGCCACACCGUGUUGAUGCGACUAGUGGCCUCAGCAUACUCUAUCGCUCAGAAGGCGGGAACCAUAGUCAGAUGUGUCAUUGCUGAAGGAGACCUGGGCAUCGUGCAGAAGACCUCAGCCACAGACCUGCAGACCAAAGCAGACCGCUUGGUACAGAUGAGCAUAUGCUCUUCCCUGGCACGGAAGUUCCCUAGGCUGACAAUUAUAGGGGAGGAGGACCUGCCUCCCGGGGAAGUGGAUCAGGAGCUGAUUGAAGACGGGCAGUGGGAGGAAAUCCUGAAGCAGCCGUGCCCGUCACAGUACAGCGCUAUUAAGGAGGAAGACCUUGUGGUGUGGGUUGACCCCUUAGAUGGCACCAAGGAAUAUACUGAAGGUCUUCUUGACAAUGUAACGGUUCUUAUUGGGAUUGCUUAUGAAGGAAAGGCCAUCGCAGGCAUCAUCAACCAGCCAUAUUACAACUACCAGAGCAAUGAAAAGGAGAAGUUGAGGGAACAGAGGAUUAAAGCGAAGGCAGGCCCGGAUGCUGUGCUGGGCAGGACCAUCUGGGGAGUUCUGGGUUUGGGUGCUUUUGGGUUUCAGCUGAAAGAAGUGCCCGCUGGGAAGCACAUCAUCACGACCACCAGGUCCCACAGCAACAAGCUGGUCACAGACUGCGUUGCGGCCAUGAAUCCUGACAAUGUGCUACGCGUGGGGGGAGCAGGAAACAAGAUCAUCCAGCUGAUUGAAGGCAAAGCCUCUGCUUAUGUAUUUGCAAGUCCUGGCUGUAAGAAGUGGGAUACCUGUGCCCCAGAAGUUAUCUUACAUGCUGUGGGAGGGAAGUUGACGGACAUCCACGGGAACGCCCUCCAGUACAACAAGGAGGUGAAGCACAUGAACUCGGCAGGAGUCCUGGCCGCACUGAGGAAUUAUGAGUACUACGCAAGCCGAGUUCCAGAGUCUGUCAAAAGCGCACUCACUCCCUGAAGGGGUGCUUCACUCUCUUACCCCGAGGACUUGGUUCUCAGAGCAACACACCUUAGAGCUGAUGAACAUUAGAGCUCAGCUGCAUUCAUCGUUGGUUGGUGAUUUAGAUCAGUAGUUAGGGCUGGAACAUGGGACUGAAGAAUUUCACUUUCAGUAGUCUAAUUCUCUCAUAACUUAGGCAUAUAAUACAUUUUAAUUUUCAUUUCUCCUCCCUAAAAAAUAGUUGGCCAGGUCCCCAGGUGUGGUGGCACAUGUGGUAGUCAUAGCUAUUCCAGUGGUUUGAGCUAGGAAGAUUGCUAGAGCCCAUGGCCUCAAGACCAACCUCCAUUACAUAGCAAGACACUACCUAAAAACAGAGAAGAAAAACAAAAAAGGAAUUUAGUUUUAUUAAUUAGCUAACCAGACCAACCACUUGUUUUGAAGUCUGAAUAACUUUUAGUUUCGGUGUCUUAAGUGGUCUUAGUUUUUUGUUUGUUUUUGUUAUUGUUUGCUUAUUUUGUUUCUGUUGUUUGUUUUUUAGUUAUUGUUUGCUUGUUUUUGUUUUUGAGACAGGGUUUCUCUAUGUAGUCCUUGCUGUCCUGGAACGUGUUCUGUAGACUAAGCUGGCCUUGAAAUCAGAGAUCACUCCACCUCUGCUUCCCGAGUGCUGGGAUUAAAGGCAUGUGCCCACCACUCCUGGCUCAAGUGUUACUGUUUUUAAGUGGAGAAAUGAAAAAGACCUAGUUCCAAAUGACUGUCCAGGUCAUUUGUACAAUCAGCAUUCCUGCUUAUAAACUGGAUUUCUUCAGGGCAUAGAACCCUUUUUUUUUCUUUUGUCUGGUUCUUGAGGCAGGGUUUUUCUGUGUAGCCUUGGCUGUCCUGGAACUCCCUCUGUAGACCAGGCUUGCCUCAAACUCAGAGAUUCUCUGCCUCUGCCUCCCGAGUGCUGGGAUUAAGGGUGUGCGCUACCACUUUCCACCCAGGGUCCAGAAUCUUAAAUUGUGCCAGAAUUUCAGUUUUGUUUUUCAAAUUUUUUUAAAUUUCUGACUCUACCUGAGAAUGCAUAUAAUGAUAUUAUUUAUGUUGAUAUGGGGAAAGUUUCUUUAAAAUAAAUUAUUUACUUCUAGAUCUUUA